GAAAUGCUCAUAGUUUAACAAUAUGUUGAAGUUUGUAGUAACACUUUUGAGUUUGGCUCUCCUCUCGGAGGCAGCCAUUGUUGUGCCCUUGCACAAGGUCAAGGAGCCCAAAAGCAAGGCCAAUGAAUUGUACAAGUUGCAGAGCAAAUACAAUGAUUUGAUCAAAAUCCAACCCAGAGAAGGUGUCCAAGAAAGUUUGAUGAACUACGUCGAUGACUCGUACUAUGGCAAGAUCACCAUUGGUACUCCAGCUCAAGAAUUCUUGGUUUUGUUCGAUACCGGCUCCUCCAACUUGUGGGUACCUGUAGCUCCCUGCGCUUCCGGUGAUACUGCCUGUGAAAACCACAAUACCUACGAUCCCAGUGCCUCAUCCACUUAUGUUGAAAAUGGUGAAGCUUUCUCCAUUGCCUACGGUAGUGGCAGUUUGUCUGGUUAUUUGGUUGAAGAUACCGUUUCUGUUGAAGGUUUGGCUAUCCAAAGUCAAGUAUUCGCUGCUGCCACCAACGAACCUGGUAACACUUUCACCUACUCUCCCUUCGAUGGCAUUUUGGGUAUGGGCUACCAAACCAUUGCUCAAGACAAUGUUGUGCCUCCUUUCUACAACAUGUUCUCCCAAGGCUUGGUUGACACCAACUUGUUCUCCUUCUAUUUGACUCGUGAAGGUACCUCUAAUGAUGGUGGUGUUCUUGUUUUGGGUGGUGUUGAUGAAAGCCACUAUACCGGUGAUGUCACUUAUGUUCCCGUCUCCUCUGAAGGUUAUUGGCAAUUCGAAAUGACCUCUGCUGAGGUUAACGGUGUCAAUGUAUGCGAAAACUGCCAAGCUAUUGCCGAUACUGGCACUUCUCUCAUUGCUGUUCCCAACUCUCAAUACGAAAAUAUUCUAGGAGCCAUUGGUGCCACCUACAACUACGAUUACAACACCUACACCAUCGAUUGCUCCACCGUUGAUAGCUUGCCCCCUAUGACUUUGAGCAUUGGUGGUACCACUUUCUCCAUUGAAGCCAGUGACUACGUUCUCCAAUCGGAAGGUGUAUGCUCUCCUGCUUUCGAAAACAUUGGCAUGGAAUUGUGGAUUUUGGGUGAUAUUUUCAUUGGCAAAUACUACUCAAUCUUCGAUUUGGCCAACAACCGUGUUGGUUUCGCUACUGCCGUUUAAAUUUCAAAUUGCGAACUGGCUAUAAAAUAAUUUUUAUUCUUUUUGUAUAAUAAAGUAUUGGUUUUAGCAUAAAUUAAAUAAAUGAACUA